AUGAAUGAGAAAGAGGUCGAGCGGCAAAUCGAGCAGAUGGUGAGGUUUAUCAAGCAGGAGGCGGAAGAGAAGGCGAACGAGAUCAAGGUCUCGGCGGAGGAGGAGUUCAACCUAGAGAAGCUGACGCUCCUUGAGCAGGAGAAGGCCAAAAUCAGGAAGGACUAUGAGCGGCGAGAGAGCCAGGUGGAGGUCAAGAAGAAGAUGUGA